AUGCCCCCGGGAGGCCCGGCUUGUAUAACAUGCCGUGAAAAGUGUCGUAAAUGCGACCGCACAAAACCCGUUUGUCAAAGAUGCAUCACCAAGGGCCUUGAGUGCAAAGGAUAUCCGGAUAAGUUCCGUUUUGCGGGGCUAGCAACCCGGGGAAAGUGGAAGAACAGGGCCGUCCCUGCUGUGAGCCGUGACCAUGCUGUCCUGGCUCAGCCGGGCAGUAAAACCGAUCAUCCAGAUGCCAGCCGUGAAGACUCAGAUCAGCAGCAUUCAAGUGCUUUGGCCUCGUGCGAGGAUCAGAAUAUUGAAUCACCAAUGGCACUCCUCGACCAUCCCUGGCCACAGCCGGAAGGGGGAGCUGUGGAGUUGGACGAUUUAUUAAUGCUAAAAGGGACGGAGCUGUUGUUGACACAUUAUGACCAGGUCAUAUGUCCACAUCAAAUCGCUCUUCCAGCUGGCGCGGACAACCCAUAUCAAAUUUAUGUUUUGCCGCUAGCAUACGAACAAAUAGGCCUUCUGUAUGCAGUUCUAGGUCUUACCGCAUGCCACCUGGGAAUAAAGAAAGAAGAUGUAUAUCUGCGAGAAACGCUGGCUGUUGAAUAUCGAGUCAGAGCUAUACGCUGUCUUGGAGAAACUCUCCGAGACGGGAUAUCUGGCGAGCUGGAUGAAAAUGAACGCGAUGGGAUUUUCGUUACUAUUCAGAUACUGUUACUCCAGGAUAUUUUCGAAUCGGGCAUCUCUACCCACGGAGUUCACAUUACGGGUGCGCUAUCUAUUUGCAACCAGUUGCGCUUGUGUCAUACCCUAUCCAGAGAGAGUGAAAGAACGAUAUUCUUCUUGGGGAAUCUAGCAUGGCUGGACAUCAUCCGUUCACUCGCAGAUCCACGACGACUAUGCUUCUCCCCCGAGCUUCGAGAAGCCGUAGCCACUUUAAGCGACUUGAAAUUCGAGCGGGUCAAUGGCUGCCCACGCGAGAUGUUCCUGAUAAUGGGCAACGUCAUGGAGCAUGCCAAGGCGCAUGCGACGGGCAAGAUCGAAACGCCAGAAUACGAGCGGCUUCUCCAUGCUUGCCGGUACAAGUUCUACUCAUGGCGUUUGAAGACUGACAGCUAUCCAAACGACGAUCCUCGCUGGCCUGCAGUGGCCGAGGCAUUCCGUCACGCAUGCAUACUGCAUACAUCUCGCUUGCUGGAUAUGACCCAACCGGCUGAAGCGCCAAUAAUACAAAAUUCGGUUACAGCAAUCCUGGACUCCCUAGCAGAAAUACCCGCAGAAUGCCGUCUGAUCGAGCUGGUGGUCAUGCCACUGUUCAUGGCUGGGGCUGAUGCUUUGUCCCCUUACGCUCGGCAUUAUGUUCUUCUGCGAUUCGAACAUGUCCGGUCUCAUGGUGGGGUGGCUAAUCAUAUGUCGAUUUCUUUGCUCAAAUCUGUUUGGGAUGGUCGGGGUAGACAGGCGAAACAUGACAGCAGCAAUAUUUCAUGGGUGUGGUUUACUCGCGACUCGGAGUCGGAGCGGCAACAUGACUAUCUUAUUAUAUAA